CGUUACGUUGAGCAGGGUGGUGGGACGGUGUGAUGGUGUGAUGGGCUCUCAAGGAGGGAGCGAAGGGAGGAAGAAGUGAGCCCAGUGAUGUAAAGAGAGGCAGGGAGUGCCUGCACCUGGGCUGAGGAAAGGACGCCAGGACCUCGUGCGCUGCGCAGGAGCAACCCCAAACCCCACAGCCACAAACGGGAGAUAAGCCGGGAAGUUCCUGCAGAACGAACAACUUUUUCCUUUUUUUUUUUUUUUUUUCUUUCUUUUUUUUUUUUUUCCCCCUCAUUUAACGGGAGCUUGGCACGGGAGAGAGCAGCCAAAAGAGGGCGGACCUCCGCUCCGCUCCCCUCAGACCCACCGAGGCCGGCGCCCCGAGGCGGGGGGAUGCGGCGCGGGGCCGGGGCGGGCGGCCGGACACCGCGAUGAGGGGCGCCGGGGGCUGCUGGAAGCGGCUGCGGCUCCGGGGCCGGCGGCGGAGCUCGGCCGCCUUUCUCCUGGCUUGGGCCGCCUGCUGGCUGGGGCUCAGCGCCUCUCUCCUCGCCCUCCUCCGCCGGGGAGCCUUCCCCGGGCGCUGCACGGACGAGAGCGGCCGCAGCAUCCUGGCCAGGCUGUGUCUUGACUACAGCAGCGGAGUCCUGACCGGCGACCUCUGUGAGGACCUGUGUGUGGCACAGAAGCUGGUGUACAAACACUGCCUGUACUACGACAGGGGGAAGAAGGUCAUCCAGGCUGACUGGAGAGGCCAGCCCAUCAUCCUGAAAUCCAAACAGGAAAUCUUCUCCAGCUACCAGCACCUCAGCAUGCUAGAGGAGGUGGAAACGCAGGAUAUCACCGAAACGGAGCUCCUGCUGAUGGCAGCCCUGGAGGUCAAAAAUGUUCUGGGCCUGGAACUGUCCAACAACACCAUGGGGCCCCUGUGGACAAGGAGGAAGGGACCCCAUUGGAAAGCACAGGUGGCCAGCAUGUGGUCCUUGCUCCAGCAGGAGGAAUAUAUCUUCUUCAGUUUGCUGCAGGACUUCAGCAAACAUGUGCUACGAAUUAUUGGCUCUUGUGGACACUUCUAUGCCGUGGAGUAUCUCACAGCUGGACACGCCUGGCACAAAACUCUUUUUCCCUUGGAAGACAUGGCUGGUUCCUCCCUUACUGGCCACAGAAGCAGAGUGAGAGCCAUCAUUGACAUCGCACUCAGCUUUCUGGACAUGGUGCAGCAUUUCGACAAUGAUUUCUCUCACCGACUUCACCUGUGUGACAUCAAACCAGAAAACUUUGCUAUCAGGCACGAUCUCACGGUGGUGGCCAUCGAUGUGGAUAUGGCCUUUUUUGAGCCCAAAAUGAGGGACAUCCUUGAACAGAACUGCACAGGAGAUGACGACUGUAAUUUUUUCGAUUGCUUUUCAAAAUGCAAUCUGAAAGUCAGAAAAUGUGGAGCACAGAGAGCCAAUAACAACUUGCAAGUCAUUUGUGACAAAAUAUUCCGCCGCUGGUUUUCUCCCAGCCUCAGAGGGCCGCUGGUUUCCUUCCCCCUGCAGCCACAGCUGCAGAAGGCUGUGCAGGAGUGUGCAGAGCCGGGGCGUGUGGAUGCUGCCGCGCACCAGAGACCCCUGAAAUCUCUCUCCAAAUUGUACCACCUGCUGCGGGUCAGCCAGCGAGAACUGCUGAGGGCAGAGUAGACACAAAAGGCACAACUGCGAAGGCCACAGCACAGCCAGUGCUAAGGGACACCGUGUGCGAGGCAGCCUGUGUUUUCUGUCCCCAUCCUUCACCCCUCCUGCCCGCUGCCUUACAUUCACAGCACGAGGACUGGUUUUCUGCUAUGCAAAUGAAAUUCAUGGCUGCAGGUGCAGCACGUCCUGUUAAUAUCCUUUGAAGUGUGAAAUUGUUUUACUUUACCUGAUUCCACUCUUGCUUAUUUUCCCGAGCUGGUGCUAGUGCAUCUGUCUGAGUGCUGGGCAUCCACUGACGUGUGGGUGGUGCUCUGGAAAUGAAAAUAGUACAGCACAUCUAAUAUCAAUAAUUAACGCAGUGGAUGGAUGGGUGUGGAGAAAUACGUGCAUGAUGUUUAUUUUUAUUUCACUGUAGAAUAAAGACCUUAAAAGCGAGGACAGAGUUUUCUGUAUCAAAAAAAAAAAAAAAAAAAAAAAAAAAAAAAAAAAAGAGAGAGAGAAAGAAAAAGAAAAAAAAAGUUCAAGUAGGGAAAUGCAUUGUUAUAUGAGUGAAGGGUUGCUUUUGCACAAAGCACUCCUUUCUGAUGUCCCCAAACGCAUUUUCUCUGGUGUGCUGCAUUACUUGUGCCAUAGCUAUUUUACUGGGGAGAAAUUAUAUGAGAAUGGGAGAAAUUACGUACUCAGGGCUUUUCUAGAGCAAAAUAAUUACUCUCAUGUUUAGUUCCCAUGUGGAUACUCAUAUUCUGCAGUGGAGAAGUAUGAAUAGUGCCACUGAAUUUUACCACGUGAACAAGCCCUCAGGCACUUGAACAUCAGAGCACUUGAUAAGAGGCAUUAGUUUGCCAGAGAGCAGAAUUACCCAGGAAUGCCAACAAUCUGUCCUUUGCACUGAAGAGAACAAUACUGAGACCCUGUGAUUUCUUAUGCAGUUUUUUUUUUUAUGAACAAAAGGACAUUU